AUCGCUCUCUUAGAAAGGGUCGAAGAAGAGACUUUACUAGACUACGUAUCCUCUUACUACUACUCUACUAAUAUUAGUAAGGACUUACGGGAUCGCUACCAGAUUGUCGGUAAGCUGGGCUAUGGUGCUUCUUCGACGAUAUGGCUCGCGCGAGAUCUGAGGUAAAUUUUCCCACGAACGAAUGCGUCACCUCCAGCUGACGGCUUUGCAGCGGCAAGCGACACGUCGUAUUGAAGCUGUUCAUUACCUCUUCUUCGCUCGGGAAACACUUGGACGACGAAAUCAACAUCUACAAACGCCUCGAAGCACGCUCUCAUGCCCAUCCUGGCCGCGAAGCUGUACGACAAUUGCUGGACACAUUUGAUCUUGAAGUGCUAGAUGGCCAGCACCGCUGUCUCGUGCAUCCGCCUCUGUGGGAAAGUGUACUGGCUUUUCUCGGCCGCGAUCCGAUCGGCAGGCUCCCCGUGCCAGUGUUGGCAUUUACGUUGAAACGCCUGUUCCUAGCACUGGACUUCCUGCACAGCGAAUGUAAUGUGAUACACGCAGGUAAGCAACCAGUCAACCGGGUGUUGGGUUGCUGGGAAAAAGCACUAACCACACGUACAAUUGCACAGAUAUCAAGGCCGACAACAUCAUGUUUGGCAUUCGAGACGAGGAUGUCUUUGAGAAGUACGAAGGACUGGAGCUUCGGGACCCGAGCCCUAGAAAGGUCUUGGACGAUCGCUCAAUUUACAUCUCUCGGAACUUGAACCUACCGAAGCAAUGGGGAGCGCCAGUCCUUUGCGACUUCGGCUCUGCCAUAACAGGAGACGUCGAGCAUACGGAGGAUAUACAACCAAAUAUCUACCGUGCGCCCGAGGUCAUAUUAGAAAUUCCCUGGUCAUAUGAGGUUGAUAUCUGGAACGCUGGUUGCAUGGUGGGUACAACUCCUUGAACUCUGGUCUAAGAACUUUUGACUACAUCUUUUCACCGGCUACGAUCCCGAAGCUCAACGCUACAGGAGUCGGGCGCAUCUGGCAGAGAUAACUGCGCUACUAGGUCCGCCGCCACUCGAUCUACUCGCCAGAGGUAGCGCGAGUGAGAAGUUCUUUACGCAAGAUGGUAAGUGGAAGGCUUUGGUUGCGUCAUUCUGAUAGUAUGCCGAGACAUUCGUCCCGUAGGUAAACUUCUGGCAGAUAUCCCAGCGCCAGAUUCGGCUCCCUUAGAAGACCGAGAGACCACACUGACUGAUUCGGAAGACCGAGAGCUUUUCCUAAGCUUUAUGCGGAAAAUGCUGCAAUGGGACCCUUCGAAACGCCACUCGGCCAAAGCACUGGCGGACGAUGAGUGGAUACGUAAAAGUAUGUAA